AUGACUCAAUCAAUGCAUGAUCUGCGGUUAGCGCUGCGUGACAGCGUGAAAAAAUUGGACGAUACAGAAAAUACAAUGAAUAAAUUACGCACUGAUUAUGAUAAUCAAAUACAAAAAAAAGACGAAAUUAUUUCAAUGAAAGAAUCCAUUAUCAAAGAAAAAGAUGCUUAUAUAUUGAAACUUGAACAAGAAAUUUCCAAACACGAUUCAACAUUUAUUUCCUCGACUGAUUUUAAUGAUGGUAUAGAUAUAUCCACAUCGAAACGAACAAGUUUACUUGAAGUAUCUUCAACAACAAAACAUCAACGUACAAAACGCACAGCUAUUAGUGCUGAACCUGCUCAACAUAAAAAGUCCAAAGACCUACGUAUCGUUCUUGAACCAUACGCAAAAUCGGAUCGAACAAAAGAAUUCUUACGUAUUGCCAUAUUAAACAAUGAUUUCAUGAAAAAUCUCGAAAUGGAUCAGAUUAUGUCUAUUGUCGAUUGUAUGUAUCCACUUGACCAUCCAGAUGGAGAUUUAAUCAUUAAAGAAGGCGAUGUUGGAAAUCGUGUUUAUAUCAUGGAAGAGGGUUUGGUUGAAGUAAGUAAACAUAGUAAGACAUUAACAACUAUUGGUCCAGGCCGAGUAUUUGGUGAAUUAGCUAUUCUAUAUAAUUGUACUCGUACUGCUUCGAUUAAGGCGUUAUCGGAUUGCAAGUUAUGGGCAGUCGAUCGGCAAACAUUUCAAGCUAUUAUGAUGCGAGCUGGUAUGCAGAAACAGAGCGAUCAUUUAGAAUUGAUUCGAAAUGUAAAAACAUUCGCAAGUUUACGCGAAGAUAUUCUGAGUAAAAUCAUUGAUUCAUUGGAUGAAGUUAGUUAUGCCGAUGGUGAACACAUCGUACGACAAGGUGCAACAGGUGACACGUUUUAUGUUGUUGCUAAAGGACGUGCUCAAAUUACUCAAGCUAAAUCGAAAUGGGAUACACCUAUCUACGAUCGGCAUAUUGAACGCGGAGACUCGUUUGGUGAAAAGGCACUUCAAGCCGAAGAAACUCGACCAUUCAAUGUCAUCGCUGAUGAUCCCAACGGUGUCACAUGUCUUGUACUCGAUCGACAAAGUUAUCGUGAAAUGAUAGCAGAUGAAUUAUUUCGAUUGAAACGUGAAGAAUCCUUUAAAAUUACACGUAAACUUACAACUUCUACUAGCGGUGAAGACGAACGUGAUUUGAAAAAUCUACGUUUAAGUGAUAUUGAAAUUGUUUGUACAUUAGGUCUUGGUGGUUUUGGUCGCGUAGAAUUAGUCCAAGAUACGCGAACUUCAUAUAAAUAUGCUCUUAAACAAAUGAAAAAACAACAUAUUGUUGCUAUGAAACAACAAGAACAUGUAAUGAACGAACGAAAUAUAAUGAUGGGAACAAGAUCGGACUUUAUUGUUAGAUUAUACAAAACAUUUAAAGAUCGAAAAUAUUUAUACAUGCUAUUGGAAUCAUGUUUGGGCGGAGAACUAUGGACUUUAUUACGCAAUCGUGGUACAUUUGAAGAAUUUGAAGUGCGAUUUUAUAGUGCCUGCGUUAUUGAAGCAUUUGCUUAUUUACAUAGCAAAGGAAUUGUUUAUCGAGAUUUAAAACCUGAAAACCUUUUAUUAGACAAUAAAGGUUAUUGUAAAUUGGUUGAUUUUGGUUUUUCAAAAAAAGUUGGUCUUGGCAAAAAAACAUGGACAUUCUGUGGUACACCUGAAUAUGUUGCUCCAGAAAUUAUCCUAAAUAAAGGCCAUGAUAUGGGUGCUGAUUGUUGGGCUCUAGGUAUUCUGAUAUUUGAGUUAAUCAGUGGAAAUCCGCCAUUCUCCGGUCCUGAUCCAAUGAAAACUUAUAACAUUAUAUUGAAAGGUAUUGAUGCUGUUGAAUUUCCUCGGAAAGUUUCAAAAAUGGCUGCAUUAUUAAUCAAACGAUUGUGCAGGGAAAAUCCCAUUGAACGUAUUGGCUAUCAAAAAGAUGGUAUAAAAGACAUUCAAAAACAUCAAUGGUUUGAAGGGUUUAGUUGGGAAUGUUUGAAAAAAGGAACAUUAGCAGCACCUUAUACUCCAAAAGUUGAACAUGAAGUUGACACGUCGAAUUUUGAUUAUUUUCCUGAAGAUGAAUCUACCGAGCCAGAAGAUGAUUUAACCGGUUGGGAUAAAGAAUUUUAA